AUGGAAGACGCUAGAAUAGACAUAACGUCUGAUUUCAUAUUGCGAGGUAGGCUUGACCAGAACCGAGGUGUUAGACCGAAAGUUGGAGUCGAGAUUCAAGAUAUAGAAGAACUUGAAGAACAACAGCGUCGGAAAAGAGCCGAGUUCGAGGGCGUUUUGAAAGUCAAACGUCAUGAUAUUCGCCAAUGGAUGAGAUACGCCAAAUAUGAGCUUGAACAAAAGGAUUUCAGACGUGCGAGAUCGAUCUAUGAAAGAGCUUUACAAAUUGACAAAGCAAACGUUCCGUUAUGGAUCAGAUACAUCGAUUCUGAACUGAAGGCUAAAAAUGUAAACCAUGCUCGCAAUCUUUUGGAAAGGGCCACCACACUUUUGCCUCGAGUUGAUAAACUAUGGUUCAAAUACGUUUACGUGGAAGAGUCCUUAGGAAACGAGGAAAUCGUCAGAACUUUGUUUAGCAGAUGGUGCACGUUGGAACCGACCGAAAAUACGUGGAAUGCGUUCAUUGACUUUGAAAUAAGACAUCAGAAGCUGGAGAAUGCCCGUCUUGUUUUCAGCAGAUACGUCUUAGUUCAUCCACAAAUCGACACAUGGCUCAAAUGGGCAGAUAUCGAGGUGAAAUACGGCGAUGUCAACACUGUUCGUCAAGUGUAUUCUUUGGGACUAGACACUGUUGCAUCCUACGACCUCUCGAAAGAAGGCGAUGUCGCAAGGUUGAUUAACCAGUUCGCCCUAUGGGAAGCGAGCCAAAGAGAAGUUGAUCGCGCAAAUGCAUUGUUUGAAGUAGCGUUAACCAAGUGGCCCAGUAAUCACAGCUUAGAGGCGAAAAAACUUCAGUUUAAGAAGAUGUUUGGUGUUGACAAGGACGUUGAGCGAGCUCUCAUUUUCAAAAGAAGGCGAGAAUACGAACAGCGCGUCUUUGAAAAUGCGAGCGACUUCGACACUUGGUGGAUCCUGCUCGAUCUUGUUGAAAACCAUUUCGAAAAGGAUGCGCUUUCUGUUUACUCACAUUGCGUUAAGAGAGCUCGACCGUCCUCCUCAGCCAACGAAUUGGAUUGGCGGCGGUACAUGCAGCUGUGGCUGAGAUAUGUCAUCUAUAUGGAAUUACAGAUUGGUGAUGUGGUAAAAGUGAGAGAACUCUAUGGAAAUUUGCUGAGCAGCGUUAUGCCAAAAGCACUCGACUGUUCUGAGAUAUGGAUAACGUUCAGUCAAUUCGAACUUAGGCAGCUUAACAUUGACGGAGCGCGCCGUAUUUUUGGCAAGGCAAUCGGACUUGCUCCAACGAAACGCAUUUUUCAUGAAUACAUUGAUCUCGAAAUCAAGCUAAAGGAAUUUGACCGUGUUCGCCUCAUCUAUGAAAAGCUAAUAUCCUUUGAUCCUUCUGAUGUAUCUAGUUGGUUGUCUUUUGCAGAGUUAGAAGAAAAUCUCGGGGACCAAGAAAGGUGUCGUGCCAUCUAUGACCUUUCUCUUGAGAAAGACAUACCUCUGACGCAAGAAUCUCAACAACAGGUUUUUGAAGCCUAUAUUGAAUUUGAGGCUGGACUCCAGGGGCUUGAUAAAGUCAGAAAGCUUUACCAAAGGUACUUGUCAGCGACACAUUUCGAUGCUCAGGUUUGGAUAAGUUGGGCAUUCUCUGAGACCACCUUCAAAGUUAACAACCAAGAAGAUUCAUUCGAUGUAGAAGCUUUAGAAAGUUCAAGAGACAUUUUUGAAAGGGCGAUUGAAUAUUUCAAAGAUAAUGGCGACCCCGACAGCAGAAAAGCUGUCUUAGAAGCAAUGCUUGAAUAUGAAGAAACCUACGGCGAUACUUUAACACAACAAAAGGUCAUAGAAAGGAUGCCCGAGAUAGUCAAAGCAAAUCGCGUAAUUGAUAAUGUGGAGAGAGAAAUAUCGACCAUGGAGUUCCCAGAAGAUUUCAAAGAGAGGACAGGCCCGACGAAACCGAUUUCUAAGCUAUUGAGUCUAGCACAUGAAUGGAAGAAGAAGAAAGCAACCGGACUUGGCAAAAACGGUCCAUAG